UCAGCCCAUCCUCUCCCAUCUUAUAGAAGGCGAGCAGCCUCCGGUCGUCGCCCAGCGGGAGCUUCUGGGCCGCCAAUGGAGAGCCAGGAGUUUUCGGGUUCUUCUGGGCUGUCCGAUGGGCACGACAUGGCAGAAAUAUCUACUCGCUCAGAAGCCCUCCAGAAGCCCAUUGUAGUCAGGAUAUUUGACGUGCUCAACCAGCCUGGGGAGUCCGAGGAGCCGGGGUUAGCCGAGGAGGCCGGCGAGCAAGACCAGCCAGGCGAGUCAGAGGGGUGUGCAGAGUCCCACCAGAUCCCCAAGCCCCACAAGCCCUAUGAGCUCUACCAACCCAGUGAGCCCCACAGGCCCCCCAAACCCCAUGCACCUUACAAGCCUCAUCCACCCCGCGAGCCUCACAAGCCCCACGAAGUCGAGUUGCUUCCCAGAGCUGGCGUGAUGAUCUCCCCGUCUCUGCUGACCAGAUCCCCGCCACGGCUUCUGCCAUCUUCCCUGAGAGAUCCUAGUCCCUGUGACUUUGUAAGGAAAUGUUCUUUUUCUAGGAAGAGAAUUCAAGAUCUUUCUAGGCCUAAGAAACAAUGGGGAGCCCCAGAUAGAAAACUGUUUUGGGGAAAUCAAGAUCCUAUUCGCCCUGUUUCCCGGAAUGCUUUGAAGGCUCAACUGACCAAAAGACUUGAGAACCUUGCCCAGCCUAAGGAAGUCUCCCACGAAUAUGUACCUAACAGGGUUCAGUAUUAUUACAGCUGCGGUAGAGAGUCUGUAAUCUGGGAGAUCCCUUCUCCUGCACUGCUUGGCCAACCUUCCAAAAGGAUCCAGAAGCUGGCACAGCCCAACAGAUUCAAGAAAGGGUAUCUAAUAAAUAGGCCCUUCAGUGAUUACUUAAGAGAUUCUCUUCAAAUCUCUGAUCCUUCUCCCCGGAUAUUACAACUCUCAAUACCCAAAGUCACAAAUCCAAACUAUGUUCCUCCAAGAAGCACUAAAACCAAAAUUGCGACGUCUGCCCUGACUGCUGUUGCAACUCCAAGAACUGUAGACCUUGCCUAUCCAAGGAUUAAGAUAGAGGGUCUGUGCUUUGAAAGAGAAAGAAUUGAAAUGCCCAUCCGUCCUAUAUCCUGUGCUGCCUUGCUCGCCAAACCUAGCUCUCGAAUACUAGCUCUAGCUAAGCCCAGGCCUCUUCAUCAAGAUUAUUUACCUCCCCGUGAUGCCUACUGGCCAGUAUCUUGUGCUGCUAUCCAUUCCAAGGUAUCUCCCAGAAUUCAAGAACUAGCUAAUCCAAAUACAAGGACUCCUGUGCGUAUUGUAUAUUACGAUCCAGAAGUCUUUAAAGUCAAGCCAGCUGCUUUGAAAGCACAGUGUUCUCCGAGGAUCCAUGAGUUGGCACAACCUCUUACGCGUUAAGCACAGAAAGCCACAUCAGUCAAACUCAUUAUGUUUCUAGAAGACAUAUUAGAUGACUUAGUUCCCUUGUCUGGUACUGUUAGUUUAUAGCCCCCACUCCCUCAAAGCACACGAGACCUCUAGGGAAUACCACUGCUGCUGUUACCGGUAAUCAUGUCUUUAGCAGGUCUGGGGACUCCAGCAUGCAAUAAAAGAGAAAAUGAUAGCCUGCCUUAUUAUCCUUACUAUCUCCUCACGUGCAUCUUGGCUGUCUCAUUGCUCUGACUGACCUGAAGAUACAUUCUUCCUUAUAUUUGCUGGUUUUGCUUUUCUUUUCCCCAUGAGAUCUGUGUUCUCCAGUAGCUGAUCUCACCUCAGUGCCUUCUCUAAUAAAUCCUGAGAACUGAAAUCAUUCCUUGUGUUACUUUUCCAACGUCCCCUCAUUACCAAGAAAUAACGCUGAAAUGGUGAAGCCUUUGUGGCUAAGUCAAAAUGCUUUAUAUAAUCUGUAGAUGAAAUUGAGGGAGUACGUUACCUUAAAUGAUCACAUCUCCACCAACUUCUGUUCCUUCACUCAUGCUCAGUGUCAUCUAUCAUGAAUGACAGAAGCAGCUAAACAUUUGAACAUGAUGAAAUGUAUCCAUUAAAAAGUACUCUGAAGAGAUGGACCUCCAGCAAGGUGUCAUGGGAGCUCCAGUGACCACACUCUCCAGUGAAUAUUAUUAUUUUUUUAAAUUAAAGCCUCUGGAAAUGGCCCUUAGGACAAACAACAAAUGAAGAAAAACAUCUAUUCAGGGAUAUCUAUGAAAAUUCAGUAAGAAAGAAUCUUAGAGCCUAAUGAAUGUAAUGUUCAAACAUGGUGAGCCCCUCAGCAAGUAAAAUUCCUAGCAUCACGACUAGUCAUAGCAGGAAACCAAGCAAUAACAGCCGCCACCAUCAUCCCCUCCUCCACCACCACCGCAGGAGAUUGACAGCUCAUCUGUGCCCCUCUUCUGCUUGGUUUCCGGUGAGAUUGGUAUAUGACAUCAUAUGGUAGAUUUGAACUUGAAUUUUGGAAUCAGACCUGGGUUUGUAUCCCACGUGGAUCAUUUACCAGACCUGCAUGGAAAGAAACCCAGCCUCCCUGAGAGACCUCAUAGCAAGAGAAGUCCAGACUUCCCCUCUGAGCCCGGCGGCCAGCUCGCCCUCUGCUGAAUGCCUCCAUGUGAGUGAGCCAGCAGGACCAGCAGAAGGACUGCCCGGCCAACCCACAGAAAGCCUUGACCAGCUUUGAGGACAGCUCUGGAGCGCUCCUGUGGGGUCGUGAUGGUCACAUCCCCGCCGCUACAUCGUGAGACGUCCGUUCCUAGUCAUUGCCAGCUAUUACAUUUUGGGCCACCUUUGGAGACAUUGGAUACCUCUGAACACAGUUCACCAGAACAGUAUCAAGGAGUGCAACGUGCAAAGAAGUAGAAAGCAAAAGGAAAGAGCCCUUCUUAUCGUCAGACCAGACUUUCAUGUGCUUUUGUGGAAUAAGUAUUUUGUACCAGGACUGGACAACAAAGUGGGUUCCUGAUGAGAGAAGAUGAAAGGAAUGACCGCGUUGGCCAGGAUGGGGAUAUCAAAGGCUUUCUCUUCCCUCUGGCCAGCUGCUCAGCUCCUUGGAGCAAAACAACGCGUCUGUCUGGGAUUUGUGUUAGACCUGAUCCUGCUGUGGCUUUUCCCCAGACUGUGUAAGGCAAGUUCCCUGCUUAUUAUCCUUGUUUAGACUCAGCUAAACUCAUAAACAGGACCUCUUAGGUUGCUGCUAUUGUUUUGAAACUUUCUGGGCUUUGAAGAUGGUCUGUGAUUGAUUUAUUAAUUACAGAAACUCGAAUUCUUGGUUCAUUAACCCUCACAGCUCCCAACUCUUGGUGCAAAUGGAAUAACUUAGUUGAAGUGCGGCUGAAUUAUCUAAACCUGCAAAAGAUUUUAAAUGGUUGCUGUUUGACCUUGUGGUAUAUGUGCGGCAAACUGUUCUCUGAACCCCAUACAGGACAUGUAAGAAAGGAGAUUUGAAAUCAAAACUGUCCUGGGAGUGAGACGUAUGGUCACUUUAUGUAUAUUGCAUAUUACUUGGUUAACGAAGUCAUUUGCCUAAACUUGUUUUGCUUAGACAGAUAUUAUAACUACUUGUAUUCUGUAACCUCACACCAAUUUGAAGGUAUGGCAAACAGUUGUGGGUAAGAGAAAGACGGGAAGAGACAGACUGGUUCAGGUGUUCUGAAUGAAUGUUUUGGAGAUACAGGUGCUACUGAUCUAAAAUUAGUUAUUUGUAUUUUAUUAUAUUAUUUCCAUUACAUAGCAUAUAUUAAUACAAUAUAUAAGUAUAUACAUUAUAUUAAAUUUAACAUAUUCUAUUAAUAUAUAAU